AUGGUGAGAAUAUGGAUUAUGUUUACAUCCUUAAAAAGACGGCACUACAAUAAAGCCAUUCUUGUCCGGAUAUCCAUGAUCAGUCAUUGGAAAACACAGUUCCCAGAGAUGUAUAACCUCCUCAAAGCGUGGAUAAUACUUUCAGAUGAACACCCUGUUGAAAGUACGCACAGUAUCAUCAGGGCCCAAACUAGACAUUCCGACACAGCAGCUCAACUUGUUAACAAAGUCAAAAGCAUCUUUGUGUCCAAGACCAAACAAGCAAAUUUCCGUUUAAAUUUUACACCCCCAAAGCAUUUCGCUUUCUCACAUGGUCAAUUGAAAUACCUGAAGAUAAAGAGUUCUGAAUUUUUAACUACCACAUUGGAAGAGAUCAUAAAAAAUCAGUCAAGUACCACACUGCACUACCCAAAAAAGGAAAAUGGAAAAGUUAAAGUAACCAUGCCUCAACUAUUUUGGAACAAGAUGAUGAAAGAAAACAUUCUCCCAAUGAGUUUUCUCAGUGACACUCCAUCAAAUGAAAAUACAAAGUGUGAUUUACCAGCAUGCAAAGUUGAUGAUGACAAUGAAGACUGGUCAGUUCUCACUGGCUGUUGGCACUCCUUUCACAAUAUUUGUAUGGACAGUGCAGCAUGUCCAUUAUGUAAAGAAGCAAUUAACAAGAAAGUUGAGGAACUUGGAAACGUUGCAAAAGAAGCAAUUCUUUUUGGCAAUACAGCUGAUUUAAAUGAUGCAGAUAAUGAGGAUGAAGAGGUUGCCAUGGAGAAUUGUCCCAUUGUCCCAACAACAAAUGAUGAUCAAAUAAGUGAAAGUGUAACUGAAAUGAAAGCCAGAAUAACCAACUUAGCUCCAUCUGCUCCUUCAGAAAUCCAUUCCACACAAGAACAAAGAAAACAUAUCGCAGCUGAACCAUGCAAACCACCUCAUUGCAAAACUUGCCACACCCAAUAA